CAGCAUCGCCUCAUUCUUGGCACCAGUUGGCAUAGCUGCGGAACAAGAUUAAACGUUCCCAGUUUGGAGUCUGGACAUGGGGUUGGGGGCCAAAUCUAAGCGCCAUGCCGAUUUCUAUCGUUACGCCCUGCAUAGGGCUGUUGCACCGGACGCCUUAGUUUGUCUGCCUUGCUGGCUUAACUACCUGGGUUUUAGUUUUGGGUUUCGUCUCUCUCGUCGUCGUCUCAUUUCUUCACGUCGCGAUGUGGGUGUCUCUUUUACAGCGGGCCGUUCUGUUUACUUUGGUGGUGGGUGUUCGGUCCGAUUGCUACUCGCGCGAUGGAAAUACGUACCAAUCGCGAUUCUUCGACAAUGAACAAUUAAUCUCCUGCGGCAAUGGCACGAACAACUGUUGUUUGCAAGGCGACAAGUGUGGCAGCAACUUGCUAUGCACACAAGGAGGAGGCAUUGGCCGGCAAUACUGCGCCGUGAAAGACUGGUCGUCGGGUUGUAGUGACUUGUAUCCCGAAGUCGCAGACCUGGGAAUGGGACUCGUAGACUGCGGAGAGAACGUUGUCUGCUACGGUUCCGACAGCUGUUGCACAGACGGAACAACAGAAUUGCGCUACGUCAACCCGCUCACCGGCGAAGUAAAAGACGCACAAAGCAAAGAUGCAGACGCUACAAAGACGCCGACAUGGUGGAAAGUCGACAGUGUGGGUGUACUAGCCAGUAUGCGUACAGCCAGCGCCUCACCAACCGUCGGAACAUCCGCUGCGACACCCUCGUCAUCCAGCGCAGAGCCCACGUCCUCGGACGCCAGUGCCGCGGCCUCUACACCCACCACCUCACCUCUCCCCUCAUCAACCUCGACCUCGAACGACUCCAACAACAAAUCGUCUGGUAGCGGCAUUUCUGCAGGCGUAGGAGCAGGCAUCGGCAUCGGCGCAACGGUCGCUGUAGCCAUCAUCGCACUGCUCGCAUGGCUUUUCUUCCGCGAGCGCAAGAAGAGAAGGGCACUACAGGGCAAGGGCGUAGCACAGGAGCCAGCCAUGCAACAAUCCCACGCGAAUUGGAAGGGCCCAAAUACGGAGUACUACGCGCACGAAGCACCAUCAGAUGGGCGCACGGAGCUGGAACAUGAAGGGGCGAGAUACGAGAUGGAUGGGAGGGCGAGGCCGGAGUUGCCUUGAUGUCGGGAAGCAUUGGUCGAUGUCAUCCUCUUUCCCUCGACGCUCACCGCCGAUAAAUAUUUCUAAAACCACCAUUUCUUCCACAUACGACCAUAGGAUCUU